AUGGCCAACGGGUGGAGUCUUGUCAUCGGCCUCAUCAUCAUCGUGGUCGCAUCCGUCCUCGCCUGGGUGUUUAGUCCUAAGGGGGAGAACCAGACACUAUUCCGCAGCACGCUGAUCUUAUCGUUCGUGUCGUGCUAUCUGAUGUGGGCGAUCGUCUUCAUGGCCCAAUGGCAUCCUCUUAUCACGCCGAAGAGAUCGAAUAUCAGACCCGAGCGAGUACCGCAGUGA